GGCCAAAAUAAGGGUUUUGUUUUGUACUCUCUGUCUCCGCCCUCCUCUAACGUCGUGACACGUCACGCCUCCCUCUCCGUCCACCGCCGCCUCGUCGCGUCUGUCUUCUUCUUCGCUGCUGCUUCUUUGUCGUGCUAGUUGUAAAAAGAUUCUGUGAUAACAGAGGAGAAGAUGAGUAACAGGGAUAUGAAUAAUCCAGCAAUGGAAGAAGAAGAUGAGGGAGACGUCUUCCUCGGUGAAUCCGAUGUCCUCCAUGAAAUCGACGUCGACGGAGAAGAUCUUCCUGACGCAUUUGAUGAGGAUGAUAAUGACAACGACAAUGAGGAUGAAGUGUUUGGUACUAACUCAAUCACCACCUCUUGUGUUUUACUUUGUGUUUCUGAGCUUUAUGGUUCCUUCUUUUUCUUUUUCUUCGUAGAUGAAAACGACGACUCAGUUCACACAUUCACCGGUCACAAAGGCGAGCUUUAUGCAUUGGCAUGUAGCCCUCUAGACCCCACCCUUGUAGCAACCGGAGGUGGAGAUGACAAAGCCUUCCUCUGGAAAAUCGGCAACGGAGACUGGGCCGCUGAGCUCCCUGCCCACAAAGACUCUGUCUCUUCUCUAGCUUUUAGCUAUGACGGACAGUUACUUGCCUCUGGAGGGUUGGACGGUGUCGUUCAGAUCGUUGACGCAUCCUCAGGGACUUUGAAAUGCGUUUUAGACGGUCCUGGUAGUGGCAUCGAGUGGGUGAAGUGGCAUCCGAGAGGACACAUUGUGUUGGCUGGAUCAGAAGAUUGUUCUAUGUGGAUGUGGAAUGCUGAUAAAGAGGCUUAUCUCAAUAUGUUUUCUGGUCACAAUCAGAGUGUAACUUGCGGUGACUUUACUCCUGACGGUAAACUAAUCUGUACUGGCUCUGAUGAUGCUAGUUUGAUUGUGUGGAACCCGAAGACUUGUGAAAGCAUUCAUGUGGUUAAAGGUCAUCCUUAUCAUACGGAAGGGCUGAUAUGCUUGGAUAUUAACUCCAACUCCAGUCUUGCUAUCAGUGGCUCUAAAGACGGUUCUGUUCACAUUGUCAAUAUAGUCACUGGAAAGGUUGUGAGCUCUCUGAGUUCUCAUACAGAGUCAGUUGAAUGCGUGAAGUUUUCACCAAGCUCCGCAACUAUCCCUAUGGCUGCAACUGGUGGGAUGGACAAGAAGCUUGUAAUCUGGGAUCUUCAACACUCAACUCCUAGGUUCAUCUGCGAACACGCGGAAGGUGUGACAUGCGUGACUUGGAUAGGAACCUCAAAGUACUUAGCCACCGGCUGCGCCGAUGGUACAGUGAGCGUUUGGGACAGCUUGUUAGGAAACUGCGUCCACACCUACCAUGGCCACCAAGAUGCUGUCCAGUCCAUCUCAGUCUCCGCCAACACCGAGUUCAUUGUAUCGGUCUCUGUUGAUCACACUGCUCGUGUCUAUGACACAUCUGAGUUCCAAAAUAAAAUGGAAUAGGCAAGUGAUAGAACACUUAACAUAAGUGUUAUUUGUUACCUCUUGUGAUUUGUUCGGACAUGUGAUUUAUCUGAUAAAGAUGUAAAACAUUCUACUUUUCAAUUAUAUUUGAUAGUUUUGUUCUC